AUGAUCACCGAUAGCAGCACAGGCAAGCAGUACAAGUUGCUCGGCGUGCUCGGCGAGGGCUCAUAUGCGGUCGUGUACCUGGCGCGCUGCACCUUUGACAACGCAAAGUACGCGCUGAAGUGUCUGUCCAAGCUUGGCCUGACUGCGACGCCAGCUCUCGCUCCAGCGCUCCGAGCUCGAGAAUCCAUGCCUGCGGUGUGCCCCCACCCGCAUAUUGUGACGCUGUACUCGUACUUUGAGACGCGCGACUGGCUGUUCCUUAUCAUGGAGCGCGUGUCGGGCCCCGAUCUCUACGACUAUAUCACGCAGCACCCAGCCUUCAACGCCAACCAGGAAGAGCGCCGCUUCGUCGAGGCCACGCGGCUCUUUGAGCAGAUGAUUGACGCAGUUGCCCACAUCCAUGCGCUCAAGGCGUACCACCGCGAUCUGAAGCCCGAGAACUUCAUUCUCGGCGCUGACGGUAAUCUGAAGCUGACCGACUUUGGGCUGGCCACGCGUGAGUCGCUGUCGACUGACUUUGAGUGCGGCAGCAAGCCGUACAUGAGCUACGAAAACCGCAACGGUGGGCUGAACCCGAACGACCCCACGGUGUACGGCCCGCGCGACGACUACUCGCCACGUCUGUCCGACGUCUGGGCGCUCGGCGUGCUGUUCCUCAACCUGCUCUUCGCCCAGUCGCCGUGGACCGAUCCGUCA